AAAUGGGUUUGUCGCCGACUGGGUAAACUGGAAUAGCGCCAGGUUAAAAAACAACAAAUAGGGAAAUUCCCCCAAUGAGAAUUGACAUUCACUUUCAAUCCACUGCCGAUAGGUCAUCGUAGACGAUAGUCUAGCCGAAUUUAGUUUGUCUCGCGAGAUUCUUUUUUCUCAUUUGCAAUGUAAAAAUAAUCUUCCGUCCGCCAGUGCAGGAUAGAAACGGACAAGGACACGUUUUGGAGCCUUAACAAGAAAUAGAAGAAAUUGGCCACACAAAAUGAUGUCAUUCAAAACACGUAUACCUUCUUUCACGAUGUUAUUUCGAGUACUUAAUCAAACGAAUAACCAGUAACCUUGCGUGAAAUAACAGGAAAUACACCUGCAAUUUGCCUUGAACUGUUUGGUCGUUUGUCUUUUUAUGGGCGACAAUAUUUGUCCGCUUUCUUUAAUGUCGUCCCCAAACGGUUGUGCUACAAACGCAAUGAACUGGAACCAUAAAAACAAACAACAGGCUUUAAAAAAAAACCACAACCUUGAAUGGAAGAAAAUCGUAGACAUAUAAUGGGUGGCAUGCGUGGUUUUGAUGUCCAGAGUUUGAAAGGAACUUCCGAAAACGACAGUUCGAAUUUUUAUGUUUGUGAUGCGGUCACCACUUGUGUUGAUGGCGAUAUGUUGUUUCUUCGGGACUGCGGUGAGCGAUGAUUUUCUGAAAAUAGAACUGAAUGCAGGCCAACUGGAACGGCUCUACGGCAACAAUUCGGACGACAUUUCCUUGGAAACGGACCAAAAGGAACAACAAAAUUGGGAUAUUGGCGAGCCGUCAAACCAUGACGAAUCGAACGACAUCCCGUCCGGUCUGUCGGAGCGAUCCUAUCAAAAGUACAACAGAUUGCUGCACAAAUUGAAAUUCGGAAAAGUUAUCGGCGACGAGCAAGGAGCGCCAACUGAAAUCGGUGACGUUCCAACCACCGAAAAAAUGAGCGAUCCAGUCCAAACAACUUCAACGACACUCGCAUCCAAUCAGCCAUCACGCCGGGAGAAAAUUGACGAAAUGACGGACGUCGAUGAAAAUUACGGCAUCAUUAUCAUGGAUGAAUCGCAACAAUUGCAGCCUAUUCUAGCGCCUUCCGGACUGGGAUUCUUUCACGGUUUAAUUAAUUUCGUCAGAUGGUUAAUCACUUCUUCAGCUGUAGUCGAAAUCGAAGAUUACGAAGACGAGUGAACUAAAAAUACAAAACGUUUUUUUUCAUUAGUCUAUUAUUUUCUUUUAAAUUAUUAUUUCAAGGAAACGUUUAGAAAACGAUUUUGCGACACAAGCCAAACGUUCAUUCAUUCCUGUGUUUUUCAGUGUACGAAACAAGUUAUAGCCGAUCGAGUAAAGGAACUUGUGCGCCAAAGAAAUGAGUGGUUUUUCAAGUAUUUUGCAAAGUUUGCACACCAUUUUCGGUAAAGGUGUCCUUGGCACUUCGGAUAACAGCAGCCCUGCAAAACAGGAAUGGCUAGAGAGAAAGGCGGCCGUCAUGAAACCAGGAAAAAGGAGUUACAUAAUCAAAAGUCUUUGGCACGUCGAGUGUUCCCGAUGCGAUCACUAUCUAUAUCAAACCGAAGAGGAAGUGGAACAAGAACAAAGGAGAUUGUGCGUCGAGAAUUACAGAACGGCCUUUCGGGCCGUCAAGGAUUGUUUUGACGGAGUAGACGGCAAGUCCGGCAGGUCUUGGAAGAUCAAAUACCCCGCCCUGUCAUCGCAUGACAAUGUUAAAGUGAUCAAAACACUCCAGAAGAAAUGGGUCAAAAUGUUUCCAUCGUUGGACGUGGAGCCAGUCAGCGAAGACAUGAAAUUUCUCUUGUUCGCCGAUCCGUACUUCCAACGGGCUUGCCAUCAAUUGACGGACACAAACGAUAGUUUCCUGCUGGAAAACUACCAGAGAGUCAUCCAGUCUUUGGCCAAAAUUGCGUCCGCCAUGGGGAAACCAAAGAUUGCCGAGCUGAUACUUUUGUAUGCGAAUGAUGAAAGGGAAUUCGCAUUGGAAAGUAACGAGCCGUACAGCGUUACGUGUUGGGGCGAACCGGCUUACGCCUUUCUAGGUGGCCCGCUAACAGAGCGACAGUUGAAAUGGAUGAAGUUUGCCAUCAAUGUCGCCCACGUUCCAGAAAAAGAAUCGGACCGUAUAAGAUCCGGUUAGAUCGUGAAUUCUUAUUAACUUUUCCAAAUUGGGAUUAUUAUUUUGUCAGAUACGAACACGAUGACGAACAGAUGCCCGAAUCCUCGGAGAAUGUGGAAGAAAUGGCGCCGUCUUAAACCAAAAUGACGUCAUUAC